UUAACAGGCAGCCAGUGUAAGGAGGAUAAAAUUGGGGUGAUAUGACAAAACUCAUCCUGCAUGUUUGUUCUCAGACUACUGCAAAUUCACAAGAGCUCAAAGCUUAAAAAGGAAACUGGCAGAUGUCUUUAGUUCCUGACAUUCACGUGAUGUGGCUAUAUCCGCUGUAGACUGCAGUUGUGCGAAUUCACACUGAUGCCUGCAGUUGUGUGCAGCGCUUCUGUGAAUGAGGCAUGAUGACAUCCAAUAGGAACUUUAAAAUGCCUUUAAAACAGAUGAGCAGCCUGGACAGCUACAUAAUCGACAGCUCUCAAAAGAAGAGAAGCAUACUGUGGCGACAGCGCUCUUUCAGCAGUCCCAAAAAUCUGAACACUGAAGGGAUGAAAGGCAGGACAUUGUCACAGAGUCAGUUGGCCAGAACACACUCAAAUUCACUGGUGGAUUAUACUGAUCCUCAGAGAACAAUGGUUGUACUGGAGAAACAAGACAAUGAAGUGUUUGGAUUCGAAGUUCAAACAUAUGGUUUGAAGGUGAAAAACACCAGUAUGGUAGAGAUGUGCACUUUCGUGUGCAGGGUCCAGGAUGGCAGUGCAGCGGAAACUGCAGGUUUAACUGCUGGUGACAUCAUAUUGUCAGUAAAUGGUGUGAGCAUUGAGGGUUCCACACACCAGAACAUUAUCGAGUUGAUUCGAGAAUCCUCUAACACGCUGAAGUUGGAAACAGUCAGUGGGAGUGUCAUGAAGAGGAUUGAAUUAGAGAAAAAGAUGCACUAUCUUAAGCAAACUCUUCGUGAGAAAUGGGUGGAACUGCAAUCUCUCACACUCAAAGAAAAACGCCUUACUCAAGGUAAUCUAAAUGAGAGUGCUCAGUAUCUGUCUGUUGACUCGGUAAUGUCUCUCUCAUCUCCAAUGGGUCGCUCUGGGCAACGCUUUUCCAGCGACAGCAGUUGUCGCAGCAUAAUGACAGAUGACAGCGAGGAUGGUGCCUUCAUGUCAUCAGUAUUUGAUGACUCAAGUCCAUUAAGCCCAAUUGAGUCAAGCGGAAGCUUCUUCCAGCUGGAAGUGGGGGCAUUGCGACCCAUAACAAGAACACGCAGCAUUAGCCUGACCGGCAGUAACAGUUCACUCUCCCCAGGCUGGGAAACUUCACCUUCAUCUUUGUUCGGCACUCUUCCAAGAAGAAGCAGAAAAGGUAGUGUCAGGAAACACCUUCUGAAGUUCAUACCCGGACUGAAUCAUUCUGUUGAGGAAGAGGAGUGCAGCUAAAAAACUGCUGAUCUGAUUAAUUAAGGACCUUAAGCAGAUAAAGGAUCAUACCGGUUUAUAUAUGUCAUACAAGAACUUGACUUUACAUCUUUAAGUCGUGUUGAAAAGCGAAAUGGAGUCCCACAUGAGCAUUAUAGACUGGAUAUUGUCAAUCUCUAUAUAAUGUACUUUUCUUGUCAGUGGAUCUGCACUGAAACAAACAACUGGCAUUAAUUGAACAUUAACAGCGUGCAUUCUAAAUGGCAACUGCGUUGAAAGAAUAUUGUGAACAUUGAGAAAAUAAUGUGAACAUUACUUCUACUGCUCUAAUACAGUGGUUAGAACUCGAGACUUGGAAGUGUCUAAAUCAGGGGUGUACAAACUCGGUCCUGGAGGGUUUAGCUCCAACCCUAAUCAAACCAGCCUGAUCUCA